AUGAAGAAGGUGGAUAAGGAAUAUGUGGAUAGUGAAUUAAAUAAGAAGGCAAAUUUGGUUUAUGUUGAUGAAAAAGAUAAUGAAAUUAAAGAAAAGGUUGAAUGGUAUCAUGAAUGGACAUCGGAGACUUUUAAAGUUAAAGCUGAUACAGGAUGGGUUUCAGGAUGUUUAGACCUUAAAGCAGAUAAAACUUAUGUUGAUGAAAAAGAUAAUGAAAUUAAAGAAAAGGUUGAAUGGUAUCAUGAAUGGACAUCGGAGACUUUUAAAGUUAAAGCUGAUACAGGAUGGGUUUCAGGAUGUUUAGACCUUAAAGCAGAUAAAACUUAUGUUGAUGAAAAUUAUGCAAAGAAGUCGGAAGUAAAUGAUGUGAUUACAAGCAUGAAAAAUGAAAUACUUCAAACAUUAUAUCCUGUUGGUUCUAUUUAUACGUCAAUGAACUCAACAAAUCCCGCAACAGUUCUGGGUUUUGGUACGUGGAAGCAGAUUGUAGAUAAAUUCUUAUACUGUGCUAGAUAUUCAAAGCAAACAGGAGGUUCGAAGAAAAUUAAAGAAGCAAACCUUCCACCGCACACUCAUACAGGAACGACAAACUUUUCUGGCGACCAUAGCCACUCAUUAAGAGACCACCCAUUAUACAACUCAGAGUAUGAAGCUGGCAAUGACGUUUUAUCUCCAUCUUAUAACAAUGCAGCAAAAAAGAUUUUUCGACCAACUGAACCAGGAGGAAAUCAUGUCCAUACUUUCACAACAAAUCCAACAGGCUUGGGUAAAGAUUACAUGCCACCAUUUGUGACUGUAUUUGCAUGGUACCGAAUGAACUAA